GCGCGAGGUCCGAAAAACCCUCCUCUUCCUCCUGUCUCACCCGCUCUAGAUUCUUCGCACUUCUGCUCCGGGUCGGGUUGCUGUCGUCGUCGAGCUGGUUGCACAGCGGCAGAGGAAGCUCAGCUUGGGGUUUCUAGGGUUUUGGGAUGAGCGCAUGGGAGGCGUCGCUCCUCUGCUCGGGUGCAGCACAUCUGCGCGGCGCGGUUCUCUGAGUUCAGGGGAGCGCCUCUGGGCUGCGGUGGAGCUGGGUGCUGCCCAAAUCCGUCAAUUCCGGUCUGAACUGCUUAGGGUUUGGAUGCAGAAGCCAGGGGGUCCUUGGCGUAGUGCUCACGCCACGUAGCUGCGGUUCCUUGGUGAUAUGCACGAGGUCAAAAGUGGGCGCGGGAAAUAGGUGCUAUGCGCUCCUGCGAGAGGAUUGGGGAAGACUUUACCUCACUCAAAUUUACGGGAACAGUCACCCUCGAUGCGUGACGCGAAAAAAUGGGAGAACUUUGCAUGAGCUGUUGGAGUUAUUAGAGAAAUAAGGGUCGGCUUGGUUGCCCGAGGCCUACCCAGCGCCUGCGAUGGAGGAGAAGGCUAUGGCAAAUGGAGCAGCGACUGCUGAUGUUGCUGCUCCUGAUAAUAAGGAUAACACCAAGGAAGAGGCUAGCGAGAGCAAGGAACCAGCAGCCAAUCAGGAUGCCGAUGACCAGAACAAAGGCUUGGAAAAUGGCGCCGAGGGCCAGUCAGGUGGAGAUGUCAAUAUGGCAGAUGCUGAGGUCACAGAGGAAGGCGAUGGUGAUCCUGGUGUUGCAAAGCAGGUGGAUUCUGAAGAUAUCAAAACGGAUGCCGAUACAAAGGAAGAUGGCAAUGCAAAGGCAGAAGAAGUUGAGGAUGUCAAGAUGACUGAGGCUGACACGGGAAGUACAGAGGUCAAAGAUAAAGAAGAGAAGGGAGAUGAAGUUGUGGACACAACUGUGGAUAAGCAGGAUGAAUCGAAGGAGCAAGAGGAAGGUGUUUCGGCUGAGCAAGAUGAGAAGCAAGGAGAGGAAGCAGAAGAAAAAGGAAAAGAAAUGGAUGCCGAUGAGAAGCAAGAAGAGGAAGCAGAAGAAAAAGGUUCUGCUGAUGAGAAAGAUGAAGAUGAAGGUGACCAGAAGAUGGAAGAGAAUAAGGAGGAGACUCCGAAGAAUAAGAAAGCAAGGAGUGCCAGGGAUAGAAGCCAGGGAAAUGAUAAUAAACAUGAUGGAUCAAAAUCUAGGGAAGCCAAAAGUUUGCUGAACACCCCAAGCCCAUAUGGUACCGAUCGUCCUCAACGUGAGAGGAAAAUAGUGGAGAGGUUGGUUGAGGUGAUUGAGAAAGAGCCAAACAGGAAUUUCGUGGUUGAGAAGGGACGAGGGACUCCUCUGAAGGAUAUACCAAGUGUGGCACACAGAAUAUCAAGGAAGAAACCUUCUGAUCUUAAAUUUCUUCACAGUAUUCUUUUUGGGAGGAAAGGCAAGGCUGUCGAUUUUAAAGGACAUAUACUCCAGUUCUCUGGAUUUGUUUGGCAUGAAAGUGAUGAAAAGCACAGAGUCAAGGCAAAAGAAAAGCUUGACAAGUGUGUAAAAGAAACGCUGUUGGACCUUUGUUGGACCCUUGGCAUUCCAACUCCAAAAGCAAACAUUAGAAAGGAAGAUAUUGUGUCAAAGCUGUUGGACUUUAUUGCUGAACCUCACUCUGCAGCUGAUUCUGGGCUCUCUGAUGACCAGGGUUCAAAUUCUAAAAAACGCAAGAGAGGAGGUGAAAGUGCACGUAAGACUCCUGAUAGCACACCUAGUAGGUCAAGGAAGAAAUUUAUCAAUGACAGCACUUCUAGUAAAAGGCAGAAAAAAGCGCUCGAGUAUGAUACUGAUGAGGAUGAAUCCAUGAAGUCAGACAGUGAGGAAAACAGAGAUGAAGAUUCAGAUGAAGCUGGUGACAAACAGGAAGGUGACUAUGUAUCUGGGAAAGAAAAGGCAGGGAAGUUCUCAGAGGUAAAAGAAUCUUCAGGCAAAAAGAAGGCAAACACAGGGAGUGGCCACCAAUCAGGUCCUCCAAAGAAAAUUAUCAGAAGUCCGGUAAAAAAAGUAUCAUCCAAGAUUCAUGAGGAAAAAGAAAGCCCCAAUAAUAGUGCAAAGGUUUUUUCUAGGAAGAAGAAACCCACAGCAGAAAAGGAGAUCAAAGAAAAAAAGUCAUCAGGCAAAAAGGUGACAAAGGGUAAAGGAGAAUCCGUUGAAGCAGUUCUUCCCAGCAAGGAUGAUCUGAGGAAGACCAUUACUGAAAUCCUCAAGAAAGUUGACUUCAACACGGCAACUUUCAGUGACAUCCUUAAGAAGCUUGACAAUCACUAUAAAAUGGAUCUGGCCCCAAAGAAAGAAGCCAUCAAAGUUAUGAUCCAAGACGAGUUAACCAAGUUAUCAGAGGAGGACGAAGGAGAGGGAGCCGGAGACACCGAGAAGAAACAGCAGCAGCCUCAGGCGAAGGAGAUCGAGGCAUGAGGAUUCGUGGAACCCCAUAGCUGUAGUAGCCGCUGUUAAUUAUCCUGUACUUAAUGUGUUUGUUUGCGUCGCCUGUACAGGCAUCUCGUUGAUUAUCGCCGCACCAACUCGAGAACCUCACCCCUGAUCGUGUAUGUUAUGGGGCAUGAUGUGUAGGCAGCCUCCACACCUUUUUAGCUGACUGAUCGGAGAGUUACUCCUAGGCAACUCUUGUUUCUAGAUUUGCAAAUGGUGUCUGAAACUCUGCGUUUGCUGCGGCAGAACGUGUACUUAAUUGUUCGUGAUAGGUCUGAAUAACACAUGGAUGGUAUCAGUCUGUAGCUUAUUUUUUUUACUUGAUCCGUUUCUUCUGUGGGU